GGUAACGACAUAUGACUCGGGAAAUCUGAGUUAGAUCAAAAUCAACAUCUGUUUCUCCCAUGUUCACAUACACAAAUAUGUAUACUAUUCGUGAAGCAGAAAAGUUUUUGAAUGAUUUGUCCCCUUAUUCUACAGUCAGCAAAAGUGGAGACGUCGUUCUUGCUUUAAUUCUACAGUCAACAAAAGAAAAGGGAUCCAUUCAUUCCAUCUGAUGGGAAUGUUUUGACAAUCUAAGAGCAUCUCACUGCCCCAUCUUUCUUGGGAGGACAACCCAUCUCAUAAAGAUUCAUUCUUUACAAGAAUUUAAUGUACAUAUACAUAUAUAUGUAGAGAGAGAGAGGGAGAGAGAGAGAGAGAGAGAGAGAGAGAGAGAGAGAGAGAGAGAGAGAGAGAGAGAGAUGAUGAAGGAGUUGUUUGGGAGUCCAGGGAGAAAGAGUGGGCUGAUAUUAAGAAUUGGACAGUGUGUUUUUGCAUCUGCUUCAAUUGGGGUUAUGACCUCUGCUUCUGGCUUUUCUACCGCUACUGCCUUUUGCUACUUAAUUGCCUCAAUGGGGCUUCAAGUUUUGUGGAGCUUUGGACUUGCAUGCCUUGACAUACAUGCUUUGAGGUUCAACAAGGACCUGUACAAUCACAUUGUAGUUAGCCUGUUUGUCGUUGGAGAUUGGGUUACUGCUACUCUGUCCCUGGCAGCUGCAUGCUCGUCUGCUGGUGUGAUGGUUCUCUUUACUAAAGAUACAAAUUUCUGCAUCGUCAAGACAAAAUUUUCAUGCGGCAUGUUUCAGAUAUCUAUUGCUUUUGCCUUCAUGUCGUGGUUUCUUCUCGCCAUAUCUUCGUAUAUCAUGUUUUGGCUUGUCGCAUCAAUUUAAACAGUUUCCUAAUGACACUUUUAACACACAACCACAUCUUCAAACUCGCAAUGUAUAUAGAUAUAGAGAUUGUUCGAAGAGUUCAGCAAGGUGCAAUUAAUUGUUUCCACUUAUAUGAUGCGACUUCUUGCUUACAUCGACAAUCCUGAUGUUAGGUACCUCUGCCCUUUGUAGAGAGGAUAUCGAUAUAGAUUUCAAUUACAACUU